AUGAGCGCCAGCCGAGAGCCCCAGGGGGCUAACAAGGAUUACAGUCCCUCCGUCUUUAGCCAAGACACCAUCGUCGGCUCCGACGCCAACUCGCUCCACCCGCUCAUUCGCAACGCCGACGACGGCGGCUCCUCUCAGCCCCUCCGCGGCACCGAUCGCCAACCGGCCCCGACGGACGACUUCCACUACGUCACCACGCGCGAGAUGCCCCGGGCCAAGGCGCCGACGGACCCAGAGUCCCGCUUCGGCAGACUCAAGAACCUGCUCAAGCCCCCCGUCGUCAAGGCCGUCGAGGCGCUACCCAGCCACGAGGGCAAGACUUACCACGUUAACGAGCAGGGCCAGGUCGUCGAGACCACCACCAGGAGAGCAGUCGAGUACCGCGAAGCUUGCAUUCUGGGUGGCCGCAUCGCUGACGAGAGCGACCCCGACAGGCACGAUGAACAAUCGCUGGGCAACCGGUCCCGGGGCUGCGCAAUGCGUAUAUGCGAAAUGUUUUUGUCUAUUUCCAAGUCUUAG